AUGUCCUACCCUCGCAAACGCAAGCACUCGUUCUCGACGCCCUCAACCUCUCAACAACCAUCCUAUUACCCAAAUUUAUUCAUCCAGGCUCAUGAAGCGGAUAUCGUUCGUGGUCCACAAGCCAGAAAUGCAGCCGCAUCGCUGGAAGUACGUGGAAGUGAUGGUAUCGGCAGUGGAUUGAUUCAGCUGUUUGGAGACGAGAAAGGGAAAUCCCAGUUUAUCGGAGAAGACGAAGACGAAGACACUCGGGAAGCGGGUCGUUCGGGGAGCGGGAUAUGGGUAGAUAGGUACGAUGCGCGACUACUACUCGACCGUGAACAGUUCGAGAAACUGCAACAGUUUCGAGAACAUUCACAGGAUAUCAGCGACCGCGCUUCAUCGCCAGGAGGAUGGUCUGAACUUCCGUCAGACACCGAGGACACCUUCUUUUUCUCUAGAGAAGAAACAGAAGACUACCACAGAGAAAAGCGCCGACGUCUACUCGAACAAUCCCGAGAGGCACGUUUGAAAGCUCGUAUAGAAGAGGACGGAAAAAACGACGUGAAAGCCGACCAAGAUGGUUGGGGAGGCAGCGACGAAGAGCCCGAAGAAGCACAAAAAGAGAUUAUGCGCAGAACAGCAAAGCACAUAGUCACAUCUCCUAACCCAGCGCAAUUGGAGAUGCGUAUCCUCGCCAAUCAUGGUGGCGACAAGAGGUUCGCCUUUUUGCGAGGUCGAUGGCGUCGUGCAUGGCAAGUCAUCAGGGGAAAAGCGCACAUAGAGCAUGAGCAUGAGCAAAAGCAAAAGUCGAAUCUCAUAGGAGCGCUUGGAGAUUACGGCGAUAGUAGUGGGGAAGAAGAUGGCGACACCGAGGCAGAUCCAAAAACUUUACAAGAACUCAAGACCGGGUCUGUGGCGAGUGUGGUUGUGGCUUCUGCCACCUCAGAAGAUCAACUAGGUGAUCCAAAGGCAGACGACGAGAUAGCAGUAAGGGAAGCACGAAGAAAAAGAGCCAAGGAAUGGUUGGCCAAACGAAGGGCUGCUUAG